AUGAGUCGUGCCAUUCUCACACAACAUGUUCAUCCAACAAUCUAUAAACAUCAAUAUGAUCCUCAUAACGUUUGGAAUUUCGAGAAACAAUGGCGUACGAAACUCUUAUCGUGGUCGCCGAUUGGUCGCUGCUGUUAUGCAUGCUUUUGUCCAUGUUGUAUGGGAAGUAAAUUAGCGAAAUAUAGCGGGGAAAAAACGCUUAUCGGUUGUAUGCCAUGUUCGUUACCUUAUCUCCGAACAAAACUGCGAACUGCACGGCGUAUUGAAGGUUCGUGCUGUGAAGACUAUUGUGUGUCACACUAUUGUAUGCCGUGUACAGCAACUCAAAUGGCAAAUGAACUUGAAUCUCAAGGCCUUUGGGAAGUUGCUAAGACGAAUAAGAGUAAACAAGUUCGGAUUGAUCAUUUCGCUCACUGCAGUGAAUAA